AUGGAAGGCUCUCUGUCUUUUGCUGGACGUCAAAUAGCUAUCACGGGAGGGUGCUCUGGAAUUGGACUCGCAGUCGCCAAAACACUGCUCGCACUCGGUGCAACUGUGUACGUGGCAGACAUCUGUCCUCAGGCUCCGAAAGAGCUCCAGAACGAAGACAAAUGCCAUGUCACUCUUCAAUGCGAUGUAACGAAGCGACAAGAUGCCCAAAAGUUCUUGGAUUCCAUACCUGGACGGCUCGAUGGACUCGUGAACUCGGCGGGUGUCGGCAGCUGGGAAGGUAAGAUCGGAGCCGACACCAUGUAUCAGAGAACAAUGGACAUCAACGUGACGGGGACUUGGAACAUGUCAACCGAAGCCAUGAGUCGCAUGUCAAUCCAAGACGACAUUGAGGUACCAGGUGUUAUUCCUGGAGCGGUACGCAGCGUCGGGCAGGGGUCAAUUGUCAAUGUUGGAAGCGGAGCAUCUCGUCGCGGCGUACCUGGGAUGGCUGCAUAUACAGCUUCGAAACACGCUGUUCUCGGGCUGACUAGGUCGUGGGCGCGAGACUUUCCUAAACUACGCGUGAACUUGGUCGCUCCAGCUAUUGUUGCUGGUGCACCUCAAGAUGACCCUAGCGUUGCCGUGGGUAAAGCACAAGUUGGUUUGAUACCCAAAGGAAGGAUGGCGUAUGCAACUGAUAUUGCGGAUGCCAUCAUUUUCCUUCUUUCAGAUUGGUCAAGCUUCAUUACUGGCCAGUGCCUGCCAGUGAAUGGUGGGAAUUCGUAG